GAUAGGCCCAAAUCCUUGUUUGUGUUUCUGAACCGGGGGUUCUUCGUUCUUGGUCGAAAAUUUCGAAUUCACCGUCUCCCUCCUCCGUCUUCCAUUCUGAAUCUCAUCUGAUACGUUCUUUCGCUUUAUGGACUUGGGAAUGAAAUUCUUUUGACGGGGAAAUGGGUAUUACGAUUCGGGUUGAACGAAGAUGAGUCACGACAGAGAAGAACCGGGUAGUAGCCGGAUCCACGCCGUACAGCCACUUCGUGACCUAGAAUCGAAUUGGACCGUCGAUCUCGCUAAAAACCUAGAGGAAUACCUUCUAAAGAUCUGCUCGGGUGAAAUCACUGGUGAAGAUAGUAGUAGUCCCCUUUCUGUAAAUUUUGCUGAAGCUGCGUUACUGCUUCAGGGUUCAAUUCAAGUGUACAGCAGGAAGGUUGAAUAUCUAUAUUCAUUGGUUUUACAUGCCUUGGAAUUCAUUUCGCAUAACAGGCAGCAGGUUCAACCUGAAGGUACAUCAGCUCAAGAAAACGAGAAUACUCCUCAAGCAGUUACCGAUGAAGAAAAUGAAAAUUUCUUGGAUUUGGAUGAUAUUCCAGUUGAUCCGAAAAAUUCGCUAGACAUAGAUAUAGGAAGAGAGGAUGCAUUGAAUCACUUUGUGAAGCCACCUGCAAAUUUAGUUGUUCUUGAAGGUGAUUGCUUAGAAGCUACUGGUGAUUGUGGGGAACUGGAGACAUACUUGUUAUCCACGAGCAAUCUUUAUCGGGAUUUUAUCAUAUUGGAACCUUGUAAUGCUACAGCAGUUGAUGAUUACUUAAAAGAUGAUUCUAAGGCUGGAAGAGACAGGAAUGGUUCAUGUAGAAGAACUUCCUUCUCUGCUGCCAAAUCGCGCAAAAUCCUAAAUUCCCCUUUGAACCAAUCUGGGGGAACUGCACGUAGACAAUCUGUUGGGAAGAACAAAAAUGUGAACCCCGAACAAACUCCAAUCGUUGAAAAAAUUAAUCCAAAUGAUUCUUGUAUUAGGAAUGACUCAUUUGCCUUUGAAGAAAAUAUUCAUGAAUUUGAAGUGGGCGAUGGAAAUGCAGAACCAGAAGAACCUGAUGUUUCUGAUGAUGAACAUGAUCCUUGGAAGCCUUUGAAUCCUCAUGAGCCUGGGAAUCUUAAAGUAAAAUCUUUUAAAAAAGUAAAAGCUUUCCGAAGGCAGAGGACUACUAAAUUGCACCAUUUACAGACUGAUUUUCCUCCCGCAAAACUGAAUGGUACAAUUAGUCCAGAAUUUAAUGAAUUAUUUGAAAUGCGAUCCAGAGCAUCUGACAGACAAGAUGUAACCCAGAUUCCUCCAUAUGAAAAGUUGAGGCAAGCACUAGUUGAUGGGGUCAAAGAUAAUGAUUUAUUCCAAAAUCAGAAUGAUCAGAAGGAUCAGAACGAUGAUGUUGACGACAACAAUGACCUAGAAGACUUCAGUUUUGAUGUACCCGACUUUGAGAUUCCAGAACAUACGUUUGAUUGUGGAGGAGACGUGCCAAUACAAACCGAGAAGCAUGAUGAUGGUGUUACAACUCAAGAAUCACAAGAGGGUCCGAGUUCUCAAGCAAGCCUGGAAGAUCUAUGUCGUUCUCACUUGGAUGCUCUUCUAGCUAGCAUUGCAGAAACAGAGGAACGGACGGAAUUAGCUACACGUGUCUCCACAUGGAAACAAAGAAUUGAACAAAAUUUGGAAGAACAGGAAUCGCGUCCAGAAUUUGAUAUUCAUGAAUAUGGCGAGAGAGUUUUAGACAAGCUAUCCUCACAAGCAGGAGAGAAACCUGUAUUAUCAUAUGGGGAUAUUGUCAGAGGACAAGAGAAGCACGAGGUUGCUCGAACGUUUUCUGCACUUCUACAAUUGGUAAAUAAUAGAAAUGUUGAUCUAGAGAAGAAUGCUGGAUCCGUCUGCUAUGAAGCUGCAAAUCCAUUCCAUGUGCGCCUCAUUAGCCAUGUCAAGAAACAGGUAGUGCUUCCAUCAUCAAAGAAAAAGAAGAGGAUAAAUUCUCCAAUACAGAAAAGAGCUUCCAAAGAUGACAAUAGUAAAUUGUCUGCAAAGGGGAAAAAUCCAGCAGUCAGUUCGACUCCUUCAGAAGCAAACUGCAAUUUUGCAGUAAAUUUAGAAAAACCAAAUGGUAUUAGAUGCACACCCGAUAGCAAAAGAAGGCGUAAAUCGCGACAUGUUCAACCGAUGGACAUGACAUGACAUGACGACCCAUUUAGCAAGAAAGGUUAGGCUCUUCUGUCUCUUUCUUUAUUAACACUAAUCAUUUGUGUCAGCACUAAUGUAUUUAGGAGACUUACCUGCACCCUUUUUACCAUAUGAUGAUUUGUAACAUGAUUUAGUUGUACUAGGGUAUGUAUGCCUAUUAACAAUCAUUGACAAAAUAUUUGUAAAUCUGGUUUUGUUCAUCUUCU